GGAGCGGCACACACAGUGGUGCAGGCAGACGCCGAGAGGAAGGUGGUGUCAUCAUGCCGGCGGCUCUCGAGCUCCACCUGUGUCACGUGUAGUUGGCCUGCGUUUGGGACCUUCCAGGCGGACGCAGGGCAGACCUGUGGGCCACGCCGGCCUGCAUUAGCGUGCAGGGUGUCGCCGGGAACACGCUGGCUGGAAUUGUGCGAGUGUGGAGAGGCUUAACCCGGAAACAGCCCACGUCCUCUCAAGUCAAAAGUCAAAGUAUGUGGAGUAGGGAGUGACUUAUUGACUGGAGGGAUCGUCGCCCAGGUCAACACGCCAGGCCUCCGUGCCAUCCCUUCCCCGUGUGCUGGACGCGACUCGCUCCGUGUUCCAUAAUUGAGUGCAUUUCGCAUGUAAACAGUACCGAGUGUCGGUCCGAUUGGCGUGUGCUGGAUGCCAAGAUGAGAGUGCUUUUGUGUUUUACUCAGUGUCCCCGCGAGUAAGUCUCACGUGCUGGAAGUGCGAGCAGCGAGCCCGCCGCCCUUUGUUUUUGAUCUUGGACAAUGUGCUGGUAGUGAGAGUGAUGUGGUUCGAGUGUCGCGACGCUAAUUGGCAGCCGUGAGUGAGCCGUGACAAUGACAGGGAGUGAGGAUUACGACAGGACCUUUGAGCAGCCGAGGAGGCCAUGAGGACGACUUCGCUUCGUGGCAGGUCCGAGUGAUUGACUACCCGGACGUGCAGCUGAUGCGUCCCGGCCAGCGGGCGUCGUGCAACACCAUGAACUUGGAGAAAUUGAUGGCACUCGAGCAAGACGAGAUUACCAUCAGACCAGGGGGUCGUGGUGCCCCUCCCCCUCCCCCCACCCACCCACGCCACCACCAGUACGAGAACGACCACGCCCACCACCACCAUCACCCCCAGCACCACCACCACCACCACGACCCUUACCUGCCGGACCUCGUGGGCAGCGCCAUCCUGCGAGGCGCCCGCAGCAGAGGCAGCGUCGGCUCGUCGGUCAGGGAUGGCUCGGAUACCUCCAGUGCCUACUCGGGAUCCGACACCAUGUGCCACUCGCUGCAGUCCUCGCUCGAGCCCGACGACGUCGACCUGUCAGGCCUCACCGAGAGCGCCGUCGACUCCGACGAGGAGGACUUGGCCGAGAGCAUCGAGAGCCUGGCGGUGCGAGACGCGGUCCGGGAGUGCCUGGAGAAGGACCCGAGCGAACGGACCGAGGACGACAUCGACGUCUUGCUCGAGUUCACACAGCGUCUGCGAGCCUUCUCCAACAUGACCUUGGCCGUGAGAAGAGCUAUGUGUCAAGCCAUGGUAUUUGCUGUAGUAGAAGAGGCCGGCACAACCCUCAUGAACCAUGGGGAAGAACUGGAUUCAUGGAGUGUCAUCAUCAAUGGACAUGUGGAGGUCACACAACCAGACGGUUCCGUGCAUGAGCUUCACCUUGGAGACAGUCUUCCCAAGAGACAAAAUGUGAUGACCAAAAACUCCUCCUCUUCCGCCAGCUUCGGCAUCACGCCCACAAUGGAGAAGCUCUACCACCAGGGGGUCAUGCGCUCCAAGGUGGACGAUUGCCAGUUCGUGUGCAUCCGGCAGACAGACUACUACCGCAUCUUGCACCAGGGGGAGGAGAACACACGACGCCACGAGGAGGACGGCGUUCUGGUCCUUGUGACAGAACAGAGGCCCAUCGACGCAGGCAACAGAAGGGGAAAUAUUGUGAUCAAGGGAACCGCAGAAAGGCUCAUGUCCCAGCUGGUGGAGGUAGAGAACAAUGUGGAUCCAACCUAUGUGGAGGACUUCUUACUCACACACAGAACCUUUAUUGACAAUCCACUCCAAGUGGCAAACAAAUUAUUAGAAUGGUUUGAAGACCCCUCUCUAAGAGACAGAGUGACACGAGUGGUGUUGCUCUGGGUAAACAACCACUUCACAGACUUUGAAAUGGAUCCAGUCAUGAUGAAUUUCCUAGAGCAGUUUGAGGAAGGACUUGAAAGAGAGAAGAUGGCAGGACAGCUCAGGCUGCUUGACUUUGCUUGUGCCACAAAGGCCAGGGCUAGGACUGUGACUCUCACACGGCCUUCCAGGGAUGAAAUCCUCCACUUCUCUAUCCUGGGAGGAUAUGAGCGAGGAUUUGGAAUCUUUAUAUCGAAGGUGGAGAAAGGAAGCAAGGCUGAGGAGGUUGGCUUGAAGCGUGGAGAUCAGAUACUAGAAGUCAAUGGCCAAAGCUUCGACCACAUGAAUCAUGGGCGAGCCCUCGAGAUUCUUCGUCAGACAUGUCACCUGUCAAUCACUGUUAAGAGUAACUUGUUAGCAUUCAAGGAGAUGCUCCAGACUCCUGACAAUUCCCCAAGACAACGCCCGAGAAAGCCAUCUGACCCACGAGGCCUUAAUGACGGCAACUUGCCCCUCAAUCCCAACUUUGCAUCCACCAUGAAUAUCCCAAGUGACCACACUCAGCAGUCUCCCAGGGACAAGGGCAAGGACAACAAUAACAAGACCUCCUUCAUGACAAUGAGCGGCACCAAAGCCAACAGAUUCAGGAAGGUCAAGAAUCUGCUGAAGCCAAAGACUAACACACAAGAGUCACAAAUAAACAGCGAUGAAAGCGUGUCAUCCCAAUCAAGUGUGGGUGGUGGACUCUACCACAGUCACAGCAACCCAGAUCUGAGCACGACUGGAGCCUAUGAAGAUGUCAGAACAGAGUUUCCGGAGCAUGUAUUGAAGGUUUAUCGAGCAACUGACCAAGCUGCGAGAUUCCUACCAGUCCACAAGGAGACCACAGCUCGUGAGGUGGUGAUGCUCGCUCUGCAGAUCUUCAACAUCAAUGACCCUUCAGGUUCCUCCAACUAUGCACUGUAUGAAGUCUCAGUCACAGAAGAAGGCCUCACAAAGCAAAAGAGAUUACCAGACUCGCUGCAAAACUUGGCAGAGAGAAUAGGAUUAAGUAGUCGAUACUACUUGAAGAACAUCACAGUGUCACAGACUUUGGUCCCAGAUGAAAAUGUGAAUGAGCUGGUCAGGGAGUCUACAGUUUACUUCUUACAGCUUAACUCGGUUGAGUUGGCUAUUCAGCUUACUCUUGAGGACUAUACAAUAUUCAGGCAAAUUGAACCUACUGAAUAUAUUGAUUAUCUCUUCCACCUCAACUCCAGAUAUGGAACUCCGGCUCUGUCACAAUUUGCUGAGCUUGUAAAUCGUGAAAUGUUCUGGGUGGUCACAGAAGUCUGCUCAGAGCAUAAUCUAGUCAAGCGAUCCAAAAUCAUCAAGCAGUUUAUUAAAGUUGCCCGACAAUGUAAGGAAUGUAAGAAUUUCAACUCCAUGUUUGCCAUAUUGUCUGGUCUGGGGCACGGAACAGUUUCAAGGCUAAAGCAGACCUGGGAGCGCUUGCCUUCCAAGUACCAGCGCAUGUUCCAUGACAUGCAGGAUCUCAUGGAUCCUUCUAGAAACAUGAGCAAGUACCGCAACCUGGUCCAAAGCGAGAACAUCCAGUCACCCAUUAUUCCAUUCUAUCCAGUGGUUGCCCGCGACUUGACAUUCACUCAUGAGGGUAAUGAUGACAAGGUUGAAGGACUCAUCAACUUUGAGAAGCUCCGCAUGAUUUCACGUUACAUCCGUGACCUCCAGAACAUGUGCUCAGCCCCUUACGAUCUGUUCAACAUGCAGGAUGCUGGAGGUCAACCCCCAAGUGCUGCACUCAUAACACUCAACCAAAUGGGAGCUCAGAUUGCAACAGUGAAGAGAAGGAAGAAGUCCACUGCUGCACCUGAUAAGAAAAAGAUGUAUGAAGAGGCUCAAAUGGUCCGGAGGGUGAAAGCAUACUUGUCUCGGUUGCAAGUGAUUACAGACGAGGAGCAGCUUCGCAACAUGUCCUUGGAGUGUGAAGCAGGUCCGGAGGGGCAUAAACCUGCAGGAGGGCACAGCAACAGUAGCAGCAGUGGGUCCAGUAGCGCCCCACCCACCAACCCUCCUCCAAGACGGCGCCCCCACUCACCAACACCUUCCACAACUUCAUCAACUUCAUCAACGUCACAAACCUCGGAUGGGAAGAAGCACACUGCGAAAUUCGGAGCCACAUCUCCCCAGUCCAUAAGCAAGAUGAAGGCCCUGGCCGAGCCCAAGACGAAGCCUCAUCACGGCCCACGCUCCACCACCACCCACCAUUCACUCUCCCCUUCCCCCUCCCCUGGCCCUCCUCGUAGGGGAGCCAUCAACAACCAUACCUCUCGCUCUACCCAUGAGCGGUCCCACUCUGACACCCAUGCUGUUCCUGUGGACCUUAGCGCAGAGUCUUCCUCUGUUACCUCCCUGUCCAAACUCCACAAAUCCCACACCUCAGGCUCAGUGACAUCAACCGACUGUCAGGUGGGACCUGGGGAGUCUGAUUCUGGCAUCUCUACCCAUUUUGACUGUCACUCCUCCUCCUCGCUGGAAGUUGGGGGAGUUUCCGGAUACGAGUGUCACUAUCACUCCUCACCUCCAGCCCACCACCGACGCUACUCACAUCAACCAGAAUCACGGUCGCGUCCUCCCUUUCCGCAUGCAGUAGCUGUGCUGCCACCUAUUCCUGCAGCAGCAGGAAUGGGUAGUGGACGACGACGCGGAGCUCCGGGGCAUCCCCCUGACUACGCAGAAACUCAGAUGAGGAUGAAACAAAUGGGCCGAGCCCUUUCCCAUGAUGGUGUGCAAUAUUACCGGCAGACACACCUUGAUGAUGAAGAGGAAGAUGCCCAAGUCUCUGCAGUAUGAAGGUUGACACAACCAUCUGUGAUGAGACGAACAUGAGAGGUCCUGGACAGAUUCUACCUCCUCUUCAGGAAGACAUUUGGGACUUCCUAUACAACAAGACCAAGCCAUUGGAGUUUCCGGUUGUUAUGUGUAUACCCUUACCUAGAAUGCAUAGCAGUUAGUUGAUGGGGGUGUGCAGGACAACUGUUUGAUUAUCCUUUGCUUAUCUUGUGAUAAUAAAAGUUAAGAGUUCAGAAGCCAAAGAUAGAUGGAUUCCUAUGGCCAUGAGAGUAGGCAUUAAAAUCUUUGUAUGUUUGUUCUACUCUUUGAUGUAUGACUUAUAAAGACUGCUAGGCAACUGAUGACUUGCUCAUGAGUCCUGUAAGAAAACAGUAUCCCUUUAAUAUAUAGAAUGAACAGAUAUUGUGUUUCCUUACCAGAAAAUAUGAACACAGUUUCUUUGAGGGAGGAGAUAUAAUGCCUUUAUGACAUGUCAGCUCUCAGGCCUUAGGGUACUUUUGGGGCACAGCUUCAUUAAGAUUUUUAUGGAUGUAACACAUUAUAAAUACAUGUAGAUCAUGCCUAUAUGUGGAUGUCCUUGUAUAUAAUUAUAUAGAUAGAUAUAUUCAUGUCCAUAUGAUAGCCAAUAAGCAUAAUGUGUAGAUGUAUGUAAUGCAGUCAACAAUUGUGAGACUUACUCAGAGCUUCAGUAUGAAAAAAUUUUAACUUUGUAAAUAGGAAAUUUAAACAUAUGGAAGCUUCAUGUAAGACUCAGGGAUUGGUGGCUCAAAGAAUAUCAUUGGUGGAUGUACUGUUCCACCUCCUGUUGUCUGUCCCUCAUUUUGAUGAAGCCAGCCAGCCAUAUUGUCGUCCAAGUCCAACCUAGCCCAGGGAACCACUGAUGAUGUUAGCUAGCGUGUGCGACUGUGCCCACAUGUAGUAGAUGUGGGCUUAUUAUCUUGUUAUCUCUUUAUUUAUUUGUAAAUUGGCUAAACAACAUUUUUGGAGAUAGAGAUCGAUGAGGUCAGCAGUUUCAAAACUUCCCUGAUGAAGGUCUGAGAUGUAGAUGAAACAUAUUUUCAGAGCUCGGUGAUGUAAUGAUAAGUUUGUUUCUUUUUUCUUACAGAAAAUUUGCAUUGUCAAAGGAUAUUAAGAUAUUUAUCCCCUCCUCAUAUUCAUAAUUCCCUUAUGUAAGAAAUAUUUGUUCCUCAUUUGAGGAAUUAUUUGAUUAUUAUUUGAUUGUUAUAAAAUCCUGCAUUUCAUGAAUGUUAUCUGUAAUAGCUAUUAAUAUCCCAGUUUUCCACCCUUAUGUCUAAAGAGACAUCAGAAUAUUCAGUGUAAUGUAAUUUUGUUGUACUUUUUUGUAAACUGAUAAUGAGUCAUGUCGUUUCUGUGUAAACUAUAUGCCUGAAAUCUCAUUGUCCAAUAUUGGAUAUUUUCACAAGUUAUUUUCUCGACAUGCAAAUACGUAGAUACUCUUGAUAUAACUUCCAAACCCCAUGGCCCUUUCUGGAGGCCUGGCGGUGAUAUGUACAAAUAAAUACACUUCACUUUGUAAA